AUGAAUCGUGCUUCGGAUCCUGGGCCUCCCAGCCAGGCUUCUACAGAGCGACUGCCAUCUACCGAAGCGGAGGAGAAGCAGAUUUUUGCUCGACUAUGGCCCCUGAACGAUAAUGCCAAGUUGGCUAUGGACGCUGUGGCAAAAUUGGCUCGCCAGCUUGAGGCAGCUCAGCCCUGGACGCAACACCUGAAAGUGGGUGGGACUGUGCCAUUUCCUCUACCUGCCGACAGCGACACCGAAUCAGCAAGCUCUUUUGAGGACCCAAGAUCUAUUCUAGAGGCUGAGUAUGAGUUCAGCCUGGAUGACCUUCCAAACAACAUUGGCAUCGGGUGGACGCUUGGUGCCCACGAUGGGCGGGUCGACGGCUGUAAUGGUCGACGAGCUGACAUGGUGAUUACCACAAAGGAAAGGAAAAAGGACGAUCGAGUCGCCACGUUUCAUGCCAGAAUCACUAUCAACUUCGAAAACGGCUUUCCUUCCAUUUGCGUUGGCGAAAAGAGGCGGGUGGAGGCAAAUGGGCGUACGGUUGAAAACGGACAGCUGUUGCUGGAGGCCGCCACAGCCGACUUGACCUUUGGAAACCUGACUUUCAGAAUGGAAUUCCUUGACGUUGACCCCAAAAGACACCGGGACCAGCUUGCCGUCAUCCGUAAGCACCACGGCCACCGCGACGUACAGGCAGAAGUGCAUGAUUCUUUGAGCUCGACCCCCACCCCGGUACUGCCACCAGACUAUGCCCUUCAGCAAAUCAUUGGGCAAGGGACGUACGGUAGAGUCUACAUAGCCGUUCGAAGAGACGAUGAUAAGUGUGUCCUUGCGGCGAAGCGCAUUUCUCGAACCAGAAGAAAUAUUGACGCUAUCAAGAAUGAAAUCAAUAUCCUGAGGGCAGUCAAGGGUCACGAAAAUGUCAUUGAAAUGGUCGACUGCUGGUUCUCCUCCGGCGGGACCGAAGCUGGCCUCAACCGGACUAGCAUGGAUGAAGCUUUCCUCUUCGUACGCCCUCUGGCCCUUGGUACUCUGGAUCUUAUCAUAGGCGACGGCAGUGCAUGGUCUGUUAGCGAUCAAAUAUUUCGCCAAGUCGGUGAGGGUGUGCUUCAUCUCCAUUCACUUGGCGUCAUUCAGCGGGACAUCAAGCCUGGCAAUAUCUACAUCGAGUCAGUCCGUCCACUGCAUCUCCGCCUAGGUGACUUUGGGCACGCGACGCUGGAGCAUGGCUCCAAAGACCACUACAAAGGCACCAUAUACUUCCUGGGUCCAGAAAUUAUUGAGCAGAAAAGACUUGAUGCACAAGGGGAGCUCAGGAAGGCUCAACCAUGGACUUUUGCUUCUGAUUAUUGGGCGGUUGGAAUGGUCAUGUACCAGCUCUUCAAGCAAUCGACCGCUCCACCAACUGGUAGUGGCGGCAUAACACGUCCACGGUAUCUCGAGAUACGUCACGAGCUGGAAGACGACAGCCUUUGGGGUAUACCCAGGCGGUCGUGCAAACUUGCACUCGGUCUACUGCAAUGGAAUCCAUAUGACCGCCGCUCGCUGACGGAAAUGAGGGAUUCUGAGGAUUGGCCGUCGGUUGCGAAUAUCUUCAUGACUAUUUCAGGCCGAACGCAGUGA